AUGACGUUUCUUUUCGACGUCAAAAUGGCGCUUAACCUACAAGUAAAAGUUCACCCGGUGGUUUUAUUCCAAAUCGUGGACGCCUUCGAGCGCAGAAAUGCUGAUUCUCAAAGAGUCAUCGGUACCCUACUCGGUACAUUGGACAAAGGAGUGGUCGAGGUAACGAAUUGUUUCUGUGUACCCCACAAGGAGUACGAUGAUCAGGUUGAAGCGGAGUUGGCCUAUGCCAUGGACAUUUACGAGUUAAACAAGCGCGUAAACUCUAACGAGGCUAUUGUUGGUUGGUGGGCGACUGGUAAUGAAGUCACAAAUCACAGCUUUGUAAUCCACGAGUACUACUCCAGAGAAUGCAACAACCCUGUUCACUUAACAGUUGAUACAAGCUUACAAGGGGGACGAAUGGGGCUUAAAGCGUAUGUGUGUGUACAAUUGGGAGUCCCAACUGGUAAACAAGGGUGUAUGUUCACUCCGAUACCAAAUGAUGUUACUUGUUAUGAUCCCGAAGUCUUUGGCUUGCAAUUGUGUCAAAAAACCAUGAGUGCCAACCCUGGAAGAACUAGGCAUGUAAAUCCCAUGUUGGAUUUGGUCCAGGUUGCAGAAGCUGGUACCAAAAUGGGGGUUAUGUUGGAGCAAGUUUUGGCUUACGUUGAAGAAGUUUUGGCCAACCAAGUUCAACCAAACAAUGCUGUUGGGAGAAGUUUGUUGGAUUUGGUGAAUUCUGUACCACAUAUGUCCAAUGAACAGUUUUCUGACAUGUUUAAUUCAAACGUUAAAGAUUUGCUUAUGGUUGUUUCUUUGUCUCAAUUAAUUAAAACUCAACUGCAAUUAAAUGAAAAAUUGACCUUAUUGACAUCAGCAUAAGUUAAAAGUAUUGGUUUUUGUAUUUUUUACUGUAAAAACAGCAUAUUUUGUUUGAAAAAGUUUUAAAAAACACUGUAUUUUUAGUAAAAAAGUGUAAAAAUUGUAUAUUUGGUAGAAAUUCAAAUAUAUUCAUUCUUAUUUUUCC